CAUCUAAAGCUUCUUGCUUCCCAAGCUUUCUCAGAUAAAUCGGAGAAGCGAGUCCCAGCUCCGACCACAACCUGCGAGCACCGAAAAUGGCCGACGGAGAAGAAGCCGCUCGACGUCUCACGGCGGUCAAUGAGUACCGCAACAAACUCCUUCAGCACAAAGAGUCCGACGCCAGAGUCCGAUCUCUGAGGGAGAAUUUACGAGCUGCAAAGAAGGAAUUCAACAAGACGGAAGAUGAUUUGAAGUCUCUUCAAAGCGUUGGGCAGAUUAUUGGAGAAGUUCUCAGGCCACUUGACAAUGAACGAUUGAUUGUCAAAGCAAGCAGUGGACCAAGAUAUGUGGUUGGAUGCCGCAGUAAGGUGGAUAAGGAAAAAUUGACGUCUGGUACUAGAGUAGUUCUUGAUAUGACAACACUCACCAUUAUGAGGGCUCUUCCACGCGAAGUCGAUCCAGUUGUGUAUAAUAUGUUGCAUGAAGAUCCUGGUAAUGUUAGUUAUUCUGCUGUGGGUGGUUUAUCUGAUCAAAUUAGAGAAUUGAGAGAAUCUAUUGAGCUACCUCUCAUGAAUCCUGAACUUUUCCUUAGGGUUGGCAUCAAACCACCCAAGGGUGUGCUUCUCUAUGGUCCUCCUGGUACUGGCAAGACAUUGUUAGCAAGAGCAAUUGCGAGCAACAUAGAUGCCAACUUCUUAAAGGUUGUGUCAAGUGCCAUAAUUGACAAGUACAUUGGAGAAAGUGCAAGGUUAAUACGAGAAAUGUUUGGAUAUGCACGCGAUCACCAGCCCUGCAUAAUCUUUAUGGAUGAGAUUGAUGCCAUUGGUGGGCGGAGAUUCAGUGAGGGAACAAGUGCCGAUCGUGAAAUCCAGCGAACAUUGAUGGAGUUACUUAAUCAGCUUGAUGGUUUUGAUCAGCUUGGUAAGGUCAAAAUGAUAAUGGCUACGAACAGGCCAGAUGUUCUUGACCCUGCACUUCUUCGACCAGGGCGAUUGGACCGUAAAAUAGAGAUUCCGCUGCCAAAUGAGCAAUCCAGAAUGGAGAUCCUGAAGAUUCAUGCUGCUGGAAUUGCCAAGCAUGGUGAGAUAGACUAUGAAGCUGUUGUAAAGCUUGCAGAGGGAUUUAAUGGGGCUGAUUUGCGGAAUGUCUGCACUGAAGCUGGAAUGUCAGCUAUCCGUGCAGAACGUGACUAUGUCAUCCAUGAAGAUUUCAUGAAGGCAGUACGAAAGCUAAACGAAGCGAAGAAACUCGAGUCCAGUGCACACUACAGUGCUGAUUUCGGAAAGGAGUGAAGUCAUGUUAUUUACUCUUCGUAGUCAAAAUCUUUGCAAGCAUAACAUUUUCCUUCCUGGCAACUGAUGAAAUCUUCAGAUAUGUACUCAAAAUUGAGCUCUUCCUGGUAUCAUUGGUUCUUAUCUUAGAACUAUAGGAACUUGUCAUAUGUGAUCGUAGAUGGGAGAUGAUGAAUAUUCCCGGGCUAUUCUUCUUUUCUUAUUUAUUCCUCCUUCUUGUGAGCUUAAAAGGACGGUUCUUCACUSUGCCUUGUUUUGUUGCUAAUGCUAAUGUACUCACAUUGAAAAAUAUGGAAUCUAGUGAUUUUCAUCUACUUAAACAUGA